CAUAGACAAUACACAAGUCAACGCUAUUCGUCAAUUUGUCUUUCUCGUAUAAAUUUUACUUUUCCGCCAAAGUACAUAGUCAUUCUAGAAUUGCCAAAAUGGCAGAGGGACAAGACGACCCUAAAAAAAUUACGAUCACAGUUAAAACCCCGAAAGAGAAGCAGCAAGUUGAAAUUGAGGAAGAUGCCGAUAUCAAAAGACUCAAAGAAGUGUUGUCUUCAAAAUUCAGUACAGAACCAGAACAAUUAUGUCUUAUUUUCGCCGGGAAAAUCAUGAAUGAUGCCGAUACCCUGAAGCAACACAACAUCAAAGAUGGGUUGACAGUGCAUCUAGUGAUUAAAGCUCCUCCAAGACCAGAACCGGAGGGUGCGGCUCGUAGACCCCCAGCUGACGUCAGUGCUACACCAUUUGGUUUAAACUCGCUGGGUGGGCUGGCGGGUCUUGAAAGCUUGGGCCUUGGUCAGAGUACUUUUAUGGAUCUCCAGGCUAGAAUGCAACAGGAACUUCUGUCCAACCCUGAUAUGCUCAGACAAGUCUUAGACAAUCCAUUGGUGCAGCAGAUGAUGAAUGAUCCUGAGAAUAUGCGCAGCCUUAUCACCUCCAACCCACAAAUGCAAGAUCUCAUGUCUAGAAAUCCAGAAAUCAGUCAUAUGUUAAACAAUCCUGAAUUAUUACGUCAAACUAUGGAGUUGGCUCGCAACCCCGCUAUGCUGCAAGAGUUGAUGCGCUCACACGACCGCGCCCUCUCCAAUCUCGAAAGUAUACCAGGUGGUUACAAUGCGCUCCAAAGAAUGUACAGGGACAUACAGGAACCUAUGCUCAAUGUGGCCAGUAGCAUGGCAGGGAAUCCUUUCUCUGGACUCGUAGACAAUUCUGACGGCACAAACCCGCAGCAAGGAUCUGAGAACAGGCAGCCGCUACCCAACCCGUGGCAGCGUGGUGGAGGAGGAGGCGGCGGCGGAGCCUCCCAGGGCAGUGCCUCUGCGGCCGGCUCGGGCUCCGGUCCCGGCCUCAUUAAUACACCCGGCAUGCAAUCUCUUCUGCAACAGAUGUCAGAAAAUCCUCGCCUUGUCCAGUCUAUGCUCUCUGCGCCAUACACCAACUCCAUGUUACAGGCCCUUAGUGCUGACCCCGAAAUGGCAUCUCAACUAAUUAAUCAGAACCCAAUGUUCGCCAACAAUCCGCAACUUCAAGACCAAAUCCGCACAAUGAUGCCGCAACUUCUCGCUCAGCUACAGAACCCUGAAAUGCAACAGAUGAUGUCUAAUCCGCAGGCGUUGAAUGCUCUGCUACAAAUACAACAAGGCAUGGAACAGUUGCGUACAGCGGCGCCCAGCCUUGUCAACAACUUGGGCAUGGGCGUGGGCGCCGCCGCCGCCACGCCGCCGGCCCAACCGCCCAGCGCUGCCCAGAACCCCGCCCAGGCACGACAACAAAACAAUUCUGAACUCUUCACGCAGUUUAUGCAACGGAUGAUGUCGGCCAUGUCGAACAACCAGACGAACACACAGCAGCCCCCUGAGCAACGUUAUUCCCAACAAUUGGAGCAACUGGCUGCCAUGGGCUUCCUGAAUAGGGAGGCCAAUUUACAAGCUCUAAUCGCGACAUUUGGGGAUGUAAACGCGGCGGUGGAGAGGCUACUGGCGCUUGGUCAGCUCUCCAUGAGCUAACACUACCGCGCCCUGUCAGCGAUAAAGCGAUAACGUUUGUUUCAUCCUAUAACGCCACUGUCUUUUACAAAUAUUGCAUUUAGAUGUUGAUCAUUCAGUUUUUUGCAUUAUCAUUUUAAUACAUAUAUUUUUGACACCUAAAAAUUGUAGAAUAAAACAAUAAUUUUUUUUGUUAAAGUUCUCAGACUUUUACACCUAUGGUCACAUUAUUUAACGUUAAAAUUUAAAUAAUUUCUAAUUCGUCAUCAAUUUCUUAGCGUUAAAAUAGUCCAGGCAGAUGUCCAAAUUUACAUUCCUUCUCUGAUGCAACAUUUUUAAUGUAUGAUUGCUUUAGUAUAACGUGUUUGAAAAGACAGCGGUCAUGAAAAAGUUUAUAUUAAAAUAUAAUGGUUUUGGGGGAAACGUUUUUAUGAAAUAUUUGCCCUUUUUGCUUCAUAAUACAAAUUUUAAUUUAAUUUCAUUUAUUCCAAACUAGUACCCAAAUUGAUUGAUAGUAGUUAAAAAUUGUGGUAUGUUACUGUAGUAAUUAGACUUAAUAAAGGUAAAAGGUGUCUUUAUUUAAUUUUUAUUCAUUCCUUUGGUAGUAAACAAUUCGGAAGUUUUUGUUUACAAGUCACUCAUUACUCACUGAUUUUACAUAGCGAUGAUAUAAAAUCAAUAUUUUGUACACUACAACUGUAUUUGUAUAGAAAUUUAUUUCUAUUUCUAUUAAUUAGUUUAAUUAUUUUCUUUGUUACAUUAUUUUAAUAACUCGGACGUUUUAGUAGAUUUGCGUUAUGAAACGUCAAAUUAAGAAUAAGUUUAUGUAAAUAGUUUGCUUUUCCACUGAAAAAUCUUUUGCACUACCAUGCAUAUGGUAUUAUAAAAACUACAUAGCAUUUUAUAGAAUAAACUUAGUAAACUGUAUGUAUGAUGAAGUUAUAGAUAGUUGUUACACAACAAUCAGCUAGAAUAUCUUAGCAAUUGUAUCUUCUCAGCAAUAUAAUAUUAACAAAUUGCAAUAAAUUAUAUAAACUGUCAAAAACUGUGUACCAAUUAACUAAUUAAAUUAUAAAUUCAUAAGUGACUGGAGAGGUUAGGCUUUGUUUUAUUUUAAAAUUUCUUUAAAAAUAUUUUAAUAUUUAUGAUCAGAAACAUUCAUAAUAUGAUAAAAUUUCGCUUGUAGUGUACUUUGUAGCGAAUUGAUUUUCAAUUGUACAAGUCUGAAGAAUUAACUUCGUUUCUUUGUUAAAAUAAAACACCAAUAAUAAUUAUUCAGAAAUAAAAAGUUUCUCAUACUUUCCCUACACGUAAAAGUCCUUAUUUUAUAAUAAAAAAAUCAAUAGAAAAGUAAAUUAACGAUAUUUCUAAAUCUGUCCACCAGUAUCGCCAAUGUAAUAGAAAUGUACUGUGUGAUGUAUCCUAGACUGCUAGAAAUGUCUUGAUUUGAAUGAAUCUGGGUGUAACGUAAUUGUGACAUAAUGCAACUAUUAUAAAUAAAUACAAAAAGGAAUCCGUGUUUCAUUUCACAUAUUA